AUGAAAGAACCGGGUCUCCAUCUCUAGGUGAUAGUUCACUCCAAUGUCCUACGUGCCAGAAGCAUUUCUUAGGAAAGGGCAUUCUGAUGAGGCACAUGCGCACCCACACGAAGUCGUUCCAAUGCUACAUCUGCAAAUACAAUUUUGCAGGACGGCAAAAUCUCAUUGAUCACUAUUGGUCUCAUGCCGAAGAAAGACCGUUCAAAUGUAGCAUUUGCAAAAAGAACUUCGCGAGAGCAGAAACAUUGAACAGACAUGUACGAAUUCAUACCGGCGAGAGACCAUUCAAAUGUUCUGUGUGCAAAAUGAGCUUCGCGCAGAGAACAACGUUAGUUUUUCACAUGAGGAAGCAUACGGGCGAGAGACCGUUCGAAUGCUCUUUGUGUGGGAAGAAGUUUUCGAGAAAAGGAGAUUGCAUCAGGCACUUGAAAGACUUUGCGAGGGAAGACACGUUAAAUACCCACAUGCGAAAGCAUACGGGAGAGAGACCUUUCCAAUGUACUUUAUGCGAGAUGACUUUCGCGCAACGGACAAGUUUAGUUCUUCACUUAAGAAAGCACACGGGGGAGAGGCCGUUUUUGUGCUCCAUUUGCGGGAAGAGCUUCCCACUGAAGUCGAUUUUAGUUAUGCAUCUCAAGAAUCAUUCGGGAGAGAGACCGUUCGAAUGUUCUGUGUGCAAGAAGCGGUUUUUGCAAAAGUCGGGGUUGUUUAUUCACAAGAGGACCCAUACAGGCGAGAGACCGUUUGAAUGCUCUGUAUGCGGAAAGAAGUUCUCAAGGCGGGAACAUAUAACUAAACACUUGCAGAUACAUUCAGAACCUAAACAGUCAGCAAACAAAGAAAAUAUUAAU